AUUAACGGCAUUUUUGCGGUAUUUGAACGUCUCACAGUCGACGAAAAAAUACGUAAUUUUUGUGCGCUGCUUGUGUUAAGCCCAACGGCAAAACCCUCAAAAAAAGAUCAACUUAGUUACUGCAAUUGAAUUAUUGAAAGUUUGCGCGUGUGAGGAAUUCAUUAAGAGUUCGGCAAAAAUGACAAAAUGACAGCAAAACGUGAUAAGGAUUACAACAAAAAUAAAUCAACAGCGGGCCUCGGAUUCUCCGCGUCCAGUUCAACCAAUGGCAGCGGCAUCAAAUCGAUCGGUCUGGUGAGCUCCUCACAAAAUGUAACCUCGUCGCAGGACAUUAGCAAACGUACGAAUAAACCACUCAUGGAAAAACGUCGACGUGCCCGCAUCAAUCAGAGCCUGGCCAUAUUGAAGGCCCUCAUCUUGGAGUCCACCAAGCAUCAGAAUGCCAAGAAUGGUGAUGGCCAGGCCAAGCAUACUAAAUUGGAGAAGGCAGACAUACUGGAGCUUACGGUUCGCCAUUUUCAGCGGCACCGCAAUCUGGAUGAUCCAGCAGCUGUGAACAAAUACCGCGCCGGCUAUACGGACUGUGCUCGAGAGGUGGCCCGUUAUUUGGCCACACCGGAACCGCCACCCAUGGGUAAUAUGCCAACGCUGGCGGAGCCGGGCUCCAAGGCGCGUCUGUUGCGACAUUUGGAUCAAUGCAUAGCCGAGAUCGAUGUCGAGAUAUGCCCGCACUCAGCGACCGCCGCAUUCGCGGAGAGUCCCAAUAGCAGCAGCACAUGCUUUGACAUUAAGAAGACGCCGGCACAGCCAGGGGAGGAGCAUUCGCUGGACUACAGCAGCCAGGACUCGAAUCCCUUGGACUACAGCAAAGGUCUAAAGCUGGGCGAGAAUCCCAUGCUAGGUGAUCAGCGUGCAACGCAGCAGGAUGAGAACAACAAUCGGGGCCAACAGGCGCCGCCAGUGCAGACGCAGCUGCCAACACAGCUGCCAAUGCAACAGCAGCAGCAGCAACAAUUGCAGCUGCAGCAACAGCAACAACAGCAACACCAACAGCAGCAACAGCAACAGUCGCCGCCAAGCGGCGCAGUCAUUGAGCUGGGCUACGAGCAGGACGUCAAUAAGGUUGUCUGUGCCAACGUGCUGGAGCAGUACAAGCAACAGCUCAAGGCCCACACUCAGGUGGAGGGCAGCGCUGCUGCACCGAAUGGUGUUCUGGUGCUGCCGCCGCAUUAUGUGCAGCUCGCAGCUGCCCUCGGCUUGAGCGCCCAGCCCAUGGUGGAUCCCAUUGCCACGCGUACGGACUUCGAGCGUCUGAUUGAGCUGCAGCGCAUGCAACCGCAUCUGGCUGGCAAAUUGAGUCCGAAUUUCGCGGGCAGCUUGGAGGCGGCACAUGUGGCGGCCGCUGCAGCUGCCGCCUAUGCCAACAGCAUGGCCAACAACACAAAUGUGGCGGCGGCAGCGGCUGCCACGGCCAUGCUAAGCGAACGACCCGCCUCGGUGGCGUCCUCCUCGGCCGCCGCUUCGGUGAGCUCUGGUGUCUCUGACCUAAAGUCGGCGCCGGCCACACAGCAGUCGUCGCCACGCUCUGAGAGCGGCAUCGGCUCCAAUGAGAACGAAACCCUCGACGCCAGUCCGCAGACAAGCAGCGCUGCAAGGCAGGCGCUGCGCAUGCGACAGGAGGAAGAGUAUCGGGCACAACAGGUGGGCGCCGGCGGCGCUGGCGGUGGCGUUGGCGCUGGCCAGCAGGUCAUCGAUGAGAGCAUGUGGCGGCCCUGGUAGACAACAGCGGCCUUGUGUACAGAUUCGAUUGAUUUAGGUUUUACUAAGCAUAUAGAUGUGUAUAUAAAUAUCGGGGCUAUUGCUUUCGGAAUUUCUUGUCUAUGGAAAACUUAGG